UAAAUAUUGGAAUCGCUUUUCAGCGAUGGCGACAGCUGAGGGAGUUGAAUGGCCUGAAAAGUGACGCAAUAGUUGCCGUUUUUCUCUUGGACAGGUAAGCUUUCGUCUUGUUUCCUGUUUAUUUUAUAUUUGUGUUCAGAAGAAGUCCUGCCAACGAAGCUAUUUAUGUGGCGUUAGGGGACGUUGUAUGGUUCAGUUUCUCAAAUGCACAGGGUUAUGGAGAAUUUAAAUUCACAAUCCGGCCCAGUAGAUGGCAGUAUAUGCACUUUUUAUGUUGUUAUGAAAUAAUGAAGAAGAGGUGUAAGAGGCAUAAAAAGAAGACGCAACAAAAACAAAAUAUGCAACAUGGCCGGGCUAAGUACUACACCUACGGUUGUGAUAUGUCGCUAUUUUAAAGAUGGUGUAGAUAAGAUUCAAGUUUAGUGUAAUCCGUUAGAAAUGUCCGAGCCAUCCGUUAUCUAUUAGUGAGAAAAAUGCUCUGUGAGAAUAUCAGUUCUGUUUAAUUGCGUCUGGCUCUGUAUGACACCAUUUAGAUGUUGACAGCUCCCGGCUCAAUUCUGACGUUUGGCUUCAGGGAAGAGAAUCCCUUAUUGGUUUGGGGACUCUGUUUACCCUGUCAAUCACAAGCGCGGCAUUACCACAGAACUGCCAUAUCUCCACCACAACUGCUUGAAUGCAGAACAUCCCAAUGGCAGAGGAACGUGCAAAUAAAAUUCCAAUUGCACCUUUACAAACUACAGCUUACACAGCAAAGCAACCGAAGAAAAGAAAGGCAAAAAACGAAAAACACAUUGGGAAGAAAAGGGAAUCUGAUAGAGCCAGGAAUAAAACGAGGGUCAACAUUGGUAUCGCUUUUCAGCCAUGGCGAGAGCUUAUGGAGUUGAAGGGGAUGAAGAGUGAUUCCCAAAUGGCUCUUUUUCUUCUCGACAGCUACGAGCAAAAGCAGACGUUCACGUCUUACAAACGGGGACCGGGAAAACGAGGUCCCCCGGUUUCUCCCAUCGGUGAAGAGUCUCUUUCAGACGGCUCUAAGUUGGGGAAGCUCUCUGAUGGUUCGCGCUAUACGGUGAAACGACGUGACCGUCUUGGUGACCAGGAGACCCAGGCUGAAGACCUGACCCUGACGACCACCAACAUGACUGGCGAAGAGGGAUGCACCGAAAUAACCUUUGAUGUAUCGGAGAUUAACUUCGCCACUGAUGAAGAUAGCAGUUGUACAAAUGCAGAUGAGCAGGAAGAGGGGGAGGAAGAAGAAGUAGAGGAAGAGGAAGAGGAAGAGGAGGAGGAGGAGAGUGAUGGCUCAGAUCCGGAAUGGUGUACAGAGAUGUCUGAAACUAAUCUGCUGGAGAAAAAUGUCUCUGGGGAAAAGGAACUGAACUCAGAUUCUAAAGUGCCCAAAAAGGUCCGUGAACUUUGUCCAGAAUGUGGUGUGCACUUUAAUGUGGCCAAGACUCACACAUGCGAGCACAAAAUCAAGAAGUUCCCCUGCAAUCUUUGUGGCAAGAGGUGCAAGGAUGUGGGGGCCCUAAAAAGUCAUAGCAGAGUCCAUGAGGAAGGCUACGAGCACCUCUGCAAGUUCUGCAUGGUGCCUUUUAACACAAGGCUUGAUAAAUUAGCUCAUCAGAGAGCCCACGUCCCCAGUUCAAGGCCCUAUAAAUGCCCUGAUUGUGCGAUGACGUUUGCCAAGCUCCGCGAGCGCAAUUUCCAUUUGAAAGAACACCGGGACCAGAAUGUUUCAUGCCCCCUUUGUCCUUUGGUCUUCCCGACUGCCCACUGUAUAAAGAGACACAUGGUGGUGCACACUGGUGUGAAGCCAUUUGUGUGCGAGUUCUGUUUUCGUUCCUUCAACCAGCCGGGCCACCUCACAUCCCACAUGCGCCUGCACACCGGGGAGAAGCCCUACCAGUGCAAGCAUUGUGACAAGAGCUUCAAUCACAACGUGAGCCUGAAGAGUCAUGUUACGCGGUACCACAAAGGAGCCUCUGACUCGGAGCCUAUGGGGGACACACCGGAGAAGAUGGAACCACCAGGAACCGGUAUAGAGGAGGUGAAUGAGGAGCUGGUCAUCGGAGACACCGAGGAUACAGGUGGAGAUGUUAUCGAAGGAGACCCUAAGCUCAAAGAAGAACCAAAGCAUUUUAAGAAGACGUAUUAUAGGUCCAUGGGUAGACCCAAAGGAAGGCCCAAAAGAGACUCUACUACGACGGAGAAAGACUUGAUUUCGGCUCUGCGAGGGGAGACCCCGGACCCAACCACAGCAGCUGAUACCUCAGAGGAGGGGCAUUUGAGGAGAGCCACAUCCAAAAACAUUGAAAGUGAUGGCAGUGACAGGGAUCGAACCUCUGAAUUUACGGAAGAGGAUGAGAAGGAGGAAGCCAAGGUACUGAGGAAGGGCAAGUCGAAAGCCAGCCAGAGACCAAAGUCCUUUGAACAUGCAGAGGAUGUUUUUGAGAGUGACGCGGACAAUGAUCCCACAGAGGAGGCUAACGCGACACAAACGAGGCCUCAAACGGCAGGGAAAACAGGACGACGUAGAGGAAGGCCAAGGAAAAAUCCAGUUGUCUGAGAGUCAUGAUUCUGAAGUAUUACAUUUUUUAAUGCCUACAGGAAAAACUAGAUUCGCCAGAACUGAUUGGGUACAAGCAAGUUGGUAAUUGCCUUUACUCUAAGAUAACUGGAUUGAUAAGAAUAUUGCAAUUUUAUAUGAAAUAUAAAUAUUUGAUGUGAGCCGAGAUUGUAUUGUUGUAGCCAAAGAAGAAAAUAUUUUUUGGCGAUGAAUGUGUUUUUGAUUCGAGAUAAUCAAGUUUAUCAAACAAUUUGCCUUUUAGAAUAUUUGUUGAGCCGUCUUCCUGGGACUAUACCGUAGAAAAUAUAGAAAUGUAUUAUUGAAUUAGAAAUUGUUUUCAUUUGGUUCGAUGCUCUCGACAUUUUUGUUUGUCUUACAUUCUGUAACAUCACAUCCAAGUGCAUUUUUGAUCUGCACAUUAACUUAACAUCAACUUUACUCAUGAACAAGUCUAGCAGUAAGUCAAGAAAUUUCAAAAAUAAUUAUUUGAACUAUUCGCUAUACUUUUCCCUCAGAUAGAUUUGCUUGGGGAUCCAACCUGCACAUUGCUCUUUAACAAUACAAUGCUAUGAUAUAGAAUAACAUUAUUUUACACACUUAUUCCCUUACUUACAGUUUAAUAUUGUGAACUGUUACUUGUUACCGAAAGUAUAAACCGGAAAAUCUGUAACAUUGGUUUCUGUCUUCCUUCUAUAAAUUCUGUAUUUUUUACUUACGAUUUUUUUUACUUACGAACAUUGCUACUAAUCAGUGCAAUUUAGGUCAGGGUGACCCCUGACCUGAAAAACUUGCUGAAUCUGAAAAAAAAAAGGGCUAUUGCAUCUGGGGAUAAAGAGGAAUUAAGGAGAGUGCAAAAGGAUGUGAAGAGGGAAAUAAGAAGGGGAAAGGACAACUACAGGAGGAAACUGGAGGAGCGCCUUCAGAGUAACAAUGUCAGGGAGGCCUGGAGGGUUUUGACAAAUAUCUCAGGCCAUAGCAAAGUAGGAGGAGGUAGUGGACCUGAAGAUGGGGACAGGGAGUGAGCUAAUAACUUAAAUCAAUUUUUUAACCGAUUUGAUACGGAGGCAUCCGGUACCACUCAAGACCCCGUCCACCAGAGCCCAGUCCAAUCGGCACCACCAGCCUACACCACCAGCCUGUUCUUCUCUGGGGUAACCCCCCACUUCCCUCCCCCCACUUGUCCAUCUCCACCUCCAGUAGUGCUCUUCACUUCACGUAACCCCUCCCCCACUCACUCAGGGCGUGUCUUUCCAGCCUGCGGGGGUCUCACCUCUCCCCCCGGCCUACCCAGAACUAGAGAUCAGGUGAGAGAUGUGUUUAGGAGGAUGAAGGUGAGGAAGGCUACGGGUCCUGACGGGAUUAGCCCCAGACUGCUUAGGGACU